AUGAGGAGGGAAGAGGAGGCAGAGAGGGAGAGGACUAGGAUGAAGGCAAAGGGGGACUUAGAGAUGAAGGAGGAGGAGGAGAUCAGUGAGACCGGAGAACUGGUUGGCCCUUUGGUGAGUGCCAUGCCCAGCCCUAUGCCCCACCACAAGGGGACGAGGUUUUCUGAGGCCUGGGAGUAUUUCCACCUGGCUCCUGCUCGCGCAGGGCACCAUCCCAACCAAUAUGCCACCUGCCGUCUGUGUGGCAGGCAGGUGAGCCGUGGCCCCGGGGUAAACGUGGGGACCACAGCCCUGUGGAAGCACCUGAAGAGCAUGCACAGAGAGGAACUGGAGAAGAGCAUCCACGGUCAGGCAGGGCAGCGCCUGGACCCAAGGCCCCAAGGGUCCCCACUCCCCACGGGCAUUGAGGGUGACUGGGCCAAGCUCCUAGAGCAGGUGGGAACCCUGGCACUCUGGGCCAGCCAAAAGGAAAAGGAGAUAGUCAGGAGGGAGAGGGCAGUAGAGUGGCGGGAGCGGGCUGUGGAGAGGAGAGAGCGAGCCCUGGAGGAAGUGGAAAGGGCCAUCCUGGAGAUGAAGUGGAAGAUGAGGGCGGAGAAGGAGACCUCCCAGAGCCAGAGGGACCAGCCUGCUGCAGCACAUCCCUUUCAUUUUGUUUAAGUCAGACUUGGGGGAGGGGCUCUAUUCAGAAAUCAGAAACGUCUGUCUCUUGGAAUCAGACAAUUAGAAUCAGAGCCAAAUGCUCUGUUGCUUCCUGCCUAAACAUAGGACUGACUAGUUUAGUGGGGUUUGGUUUUGAGAGAAAGCUUGUGCAUUAGUAUGGAUUCAUUUCAUCAGAUCUGCGAUGACCAAAUGCUCGUUACAGAGUUCCUAGCACUGCAUUGACCCUUUACCAAAACUUGGAAAUGUAUUGACUAAAGAUAAAUACUUUGCCAUUAGUGAUUGGCUUAGGGGCAGAAUAUACCUCUAAGCACUGAUGAGUAAGAAGGAGAUUUAUGCCUGGCACUUGGUUUUGGUGGAGUUGAAGGUUUCAGUGGUCAAGGUGGUCCUGGUAGUUAGAAAGUGACCAUUUCACUCUGAGAUCCGAGCAAUAGCCUGGGAAUUAGGUGUUUGUGUACAUUAAUGUUGAUUUGAAAAGCGGGUACUCAACUUGUUCUGAUAGACUGGAUAACUGAAGGAUAAAGAAU